AUGCCUGAAGAGGUGUUGCUGGGGCCUCAGAGAGUUUGGAAGGACCAAGGGGAUGAGGUGCUGGGGCUGCUGGUGUGGGCCCUGAUUGCCGACACCCCGUACCACCUGUACCCGGCCUAUGGCUGGGUGAUGUUUGUCGCUGUCUUCCUCUGGCUGGUGACAAUCGUCUUCUUCAUCCUCUACCUGUUUCAGCUGCACAUGAAGCUAUACAUGGUGCCUUGGCCGCUGGUGUUAAUGAUAUUUAAUGUGGGCGCCACCGUUCUCUACAUCACGGCCUUCAUCACCUGCUCUGCUUCGGUUGAACUGACGUCCCUGAAGGGCACCAGGCAGUACAACCAGCGUGCAGCUGCCUCUUUCUUUUCGUGUUUAGUGAUGAUUGCCUAUGGAGUGAGCGCUUUCUUCAGCUUCCAGGCCUGGCGAGGAUUGGGCAGCAAUGCAGCCACCAGUCAGAUGGCUGGCGGCUAUGCCUAAACCACGGUGCCAUGGGCCACCCUGGGCCUGAAGGCUGUAGCCUGGUCCCUGUGCAGGUGGCCCCGCAAGCCCGAAGCCUGAGCCCUGCAUGGAGUCAGCCCGGAAGGGACUACACUUGCUCUUCUCUGCUCAUCAGACUCCUUGGGCUCACACCACACUCCCAAGGAAUCAGGAUCCUUCCUCUGGCAGGCGCAUGGGCUGGAGAGAGGCGAACAGCCAAGACCUCUCCAUCCUCCAUAUUCAGCAGAAGGUGAUGGGGGAUACAGGACUCUCUCUGCUUUGUCUUUAGGACUUCAGUGUCCAAGGCUGGGACCCAGCCUUCUCAUUGGCACUAAAUACACUAACAAUGAUUCCAGACUUGCAGCCCACCAAUAGAAUACGCCUAACAAGCAGCAAUUAUUUGUUUUUUUUCUGGGAAGUUGAGCAAAUUCAUGAAACUGUUCUGAUUCCUUAAAACAUAAUCCUGGCCUGACCCUCCCCCAAGCCAGCAUGUCACUUGUAGGGAAACAUGUCAAAAGAGGGUCAUGAUGCUGACAGCAUGGUCUUCCUUUCCUACAUUUCAGACAUACCAGUUAUUUUAAACAACAAAUCAGUUUUAAGUGACUUCUCAAUGAUGAAAAGCUUAUCCAGGUUUCCCUCCCCUUCCCAAGCCCUUGUUUGUAGUUUUCCCUUUGGGAAAAGCUAACAUCAAUGCCGACUGCCUCCUUGACGCUGUUAAUCAGGCACCUGCGACAUGAGGGAGGGAGGGAGGGCAAGCAAGGCCUUGCUAGUGAGUUGUCCUGUGCUUGGUGGCGACUUUGUUGUUUUUGUUUUUUUACAAAAAUAAAGAUGAAAGAACUUAUUUGGAAAAGAUGUUGGGGAAUCACAGUUAUAGAUGCUUAUAAACUCCAGGAAGCUGCAGCAUAAGUCAGUACAGUCAGCCCUCCAUAUCCGUGGGUUUCACAUCUGAGGAUUCAACCAAUCAGUUGAUAUGCAGGGUCAGCUGUAUUCAAAAUACUUGCCAUUUUACAUAAGGGACUUGAGCAUCUAUGGGUUUUGGUAUCCCCAGCUGUCCUGGAACCAGUGCCCCAUGGACACCAAGGGACAACCGUACAAAGGUUUCAAAUGCCUAUUUAAAGGCAGUUCCAGUCCUGGAGUCGCUCAGCACCACCAGCCACUUCUUUGACCUGAGGUAGGAUGACCAACUUCCUGCCUGCUUUGCUGGGACAGUCCUGUUUAUGCCGCUUGUCAUGGCAUAAAUUUAAUAGCACCCCUUUUUAUUCUGAAAAGGGUCUCAGUUUAACAGUAAAUCAUUUAGUCAUCUUGAUGAACUUAAGACUGACAUACUGUCACCUACCUUGACAGUUUGUGAACAGUAAAUCAUUUAGUCAUCUUGAUGAACUUAAGAUUGGCAUAAUGUCGCCUACCUUGACAGUUUGUGAAGUUCAGAGAUCAGAUAAUCCAAGUGCCUGAUGCGUGGAUCUGCUACAGACGGUAGAGCGAGGGGGGAGCAGCAAAGAGGGGGCGUCCUUCUGAACUUAUUUUCCCACCACAGCGCAACAUGCUCUGAAUAAUAAGCCACAGGCAUUUCUGGGCACCCCUUGGUCCUGUCUUAUAAAACUGGGAACAAUUAAAAUGUAACUAGAUUCAAACAAACAGUUGCAGAUGAGCUACUCCAUUGCGAAGGGUGGUGGGGGAGGACUAAGUCAUACCCAUGUCCUAGUUGGGUCCCAGGCCUAGUUUGUGCCUGUUGUCCUGGUGUGACAAUUAACAGCAUCCCUUUUUACUCCAGUGUCUCAGAGUUCGAAUAACAAAUUAUAGUCAUUCUAGAAUUAAGCCAUAAGAGGAUAGUUUUAAGGAAGACCAACCAAUUUUCUUUUGAGGCUUAAGAGAAAACAAAAUCCUUGGCAAGUCUUACCAGGUUUCUGACACCUAAAACACAGCCUAUUUUGGUGGAGAUGUUAACACGCUUUGUCUAACAACUACCUGUUGGUUCAGGCCAAUGCAUCCCCCGGUCCUUAGCCCCUCUCCUGCAGUUUGGGUGAACAGUGCUUCCCAUGGCUGAGGAGGCCUAAGCAAUAGGAGGAGGCAAAUGUCUCCUGAGGCUGGGCCUGCAACGUGGGGCCUUCUCAUCCCGACCAUCCCUGAGCCCCUCUGAAGGUGGCACAUGAUGACCUGAGCAGAUGGAGAGAGUUCUAGUUUGUUUUAAAAAAUAUCAGAAAGCUGUUUUCUAAUGCGAAGCUACAACGGACUUGCCUGCUUUUUUUCUGAGUGGAAAAGGAUGAAAAAGAACCAUUUGCCUUUUUUGUUCACUUUUCAUAAUUUCAUCUUUGGAUUUGUCCACCUGCUUUUUCUCAGCCAGACUGAACAGAGGGAUUCUUCAUCAAGUGCUUCCAACAUGCCUGGCCUGCGAUGGGCAGUCCCGUUUAUAAAAAGAGCAAGAAGGGUAGACAAGGCCAGGAGAGGAAGUGUUUUAAAAAGCCUUCGUCUUGAAAGACCAAAGUACUGAUAACCUGAUGGCAGCAGCAACAGUAAAGAAGGGACGGCUCAUUUAGAAUGAUGGUUUUUGUUUUUUCAAAACACCUGAAAUUUUACUCAUGGUACAAAAGUAUUUAAUAAGCGCCACGUCGGUAAAGAAAAACACACAGCCUACAGCUAGCUCAUCCUUUAAAACCAGAACAGCCAAGUGAAAAAUCAGUAGAGAUUCUUAUUUUUACUUUAAAAAUAAAAACAACAACAACAAAACAACUAAGGUACACAUCGGGAAUUGAACUACUAUAGUUUUUCUUUCUAGAGGUGACAUCCAUGUUUUCUGGUCAGUAAUAUUCUAUCAAACAUUGUACUAAACCAGUGUACUAAAUCCAAGCAUACAGAUGACCAGUAAAGCUGUUUGCUAUCUCCUACUGAGCUAGACCAGUGGAACACUAUCUUGGUAGGAUUAUUUUGACAGCAAGAAGGAAGUGCAGAGCCCCUAUCCCAACAGAAAACCUAAGGAGCUGCUUUACAUAGAAAGGGUUUUAAGCAAACCUGCACAAACACUAACAUGCUCUAAGAAAAGGAAACCUUUUAGACUACUUCCAGCAUACAUUCAUUGGUGCCCAGUAAAAUAGGAACAAACACCAACAUAGAAAGCAUUUUUGCUUUCAUAGCACUAACAGCUAAAAAGCACACAGCAAUAUAAUACUUUGAUCUUGAAGUGGGUAAUCAUGGAAGUUCCAAGAUUAUAUCCACUAGGUUAGCCUGAGUAAUCAUCUAUAAAAAUAUGUUUUCAAAAACACAUAAAUGAGAGUUAUAGAAACAAUGGGACUGGGGCUUCCCUGGUGGCGCAGUGGUUGAGCGUCUGCCUGCCGAUGCAGGGGACGCGGGUUCGUGCCCUGGUCCGGGAGGAUCCCACAUGCUGCAGAGCGGCUGGGCUCGUGAGCCACGGCCGCUGAGCCUGCGCGUCCGGAGCCUGUGCUCCACAACGGGAGAGGCCACAGCAGUAAGAGGCCCGCAUACCGCAAAAAAAAAAGAAACAAUGGGACUACAUCAGGACCAGUAGAAGACAACGAAGUGAUAGAAGGACUGUACAUGUUAAGACUAGGAACUGAUUUUCACAAGUACCUUUUUAGGUAAAGGACAACUCUCUCUAAAUCGAUUCGUACAGCCAAGAAUAGCUGUGAUAGUAGGAGUUUCAGAAAUCUUGAGAUGGGCUCCUAGCUUGAGUUAAACCCUAGAUAAAUACUCCCAGUCAAAAAGCCCACUGAGGCUGCAGGACUGAAACUCUGACCCAUAUAAAAAGCUGUGAGUGCACAAAAUGCCUGGUGGGACAUGCAAGGCCUGCUGGGCCAAGGGAGUUGGUGAUAGCGGGUUCUUCCAACAUGGACACACCAACACGUAUGCUGGGGAAGUGCCCCCCAGGUGGAAUGCUGGACUUGGGCUUGGUGCAGGAGCCAGACUCAGAAGUUCCUGAAAGAGGUGU